AUGUCGGCCGGCUUCUGCCUCUGUGAUCCCUUUUCUCCCUCGCCGUGCGAACGUUGUAUCUUUCCCGCAUCUGAUGAUUAUAAUGAAAGCGUCAACUUCUUACAAGACCCCUUAUUUCAAUAUGCGCAAGCUGUUGAGUACUCGAGUACCGAGCGCACUACGACACACAUUGAUCCCAUGGUAUGGGCCCAGGCGGUUACCUAUGGGUCCGUAGCUGAUCCCACCUAUUAUCAGACGGCAUAUACAUCAGCUUGUGGCGGUACAACAUCAAAUCUGAGCAAUGCAGAUUCAACUUAUGUGCAUAGGCAUAUGGCUGAGCAUGACAAUUCUAUGGCAGAGUCUGAGGAAGCCUUUGAAACGCAUGUCAAGGAUCAGCACCUAUCCAGAAGGCACGCCCUUUCCGAUGAGGACCAUUUUGUGUGA